UGUUUGUUUUGUUUUGUUUUUUAUGAGAUUGGAUAAACAAAGAGAACAAUUCCCUUUAUAAUAAUGACUCCUAGGGUCUUAAAGUUUUGUUCUCUGCAAGUUUAAAAUAAUGUAUCUCUUUUAAAACUCCCACCGAAUGUUUAAAAUUUAAGCCAACUGUAAAUAUGUAAUCAUUCAUGAGUUCCUCUUAAGAAAAAGUGUCACAUGGAAAAAAAAUGUUUUUAAAACUGAUUCAAGCGUUUCUGUGCUCGUGCUGGUCGCAGCAGCAGCAGAUGCGCCCUGGACAUGCAGAAUGAGGCCAACCAGUUGGUGGACCUGUACGUGCCAUGGAAAUGCUCCCUCAGCAAAAGGAUCAUGGGCGCCGAGGACCACGCAUCCAUCCAGACGAACAUGGCGGACUUCGAGAAGGUAAUAGGCAGGUUCAACGGCCAGUUUAAAACCUGUGCUAUCUGUGGGGCCAUUUGCAGGAUGGGUGAGUCAGAUGACUCCAUCCUCCGACUGGCCAAGGCCAACGGCAUCAUUUCAAAGAACUUCUGACUGGAGAGGAUGACGGAGGUGGGAUAUUUGCCAUAAAAAAAAUAGCAAAAGCCCAGAGAGAGAGAAGUGGGGGGAGAGAGAGAGAGAAAGGAAGGAAGGAAGGAAGGGAAGGAGGGAGAGAGAGGGAGGAAGGAAGGUUGAUUCAGGAGCCAAGUACUUUGUGAGAUGGAAGCAAGUUUGGUAUCUAGAUGCCAGAAGUGUGCAGGCUAGAAAUCUAAAGUAUUAUCACCUUCAGGCCAGUUCCCUAUAUCAACUUAAAAAUGACCAAAAGACACAGCACUUACUUAUUUGUCUAUGUAGGAAAUAAGAAUUUUCACGUUCUUACAAUGUUAUAUCAUAGAAUUUAAAAAGCUUGCUGACCCAGAAUAUGAAACCAUAGGAAAUCAGUCCUGGCUGCAUGCUUAUAUACUCUGAAAAUUCUGUUUACUGUUUUUCUCAGUAUUCGUUCCCGCAGC